AUGAAGUUCACCACUGCCGUUUCCGCCCUCGUGCUUCGGGGCUCUGUCCAAGCACAAAGAUGGCUCCAGAACGCCCCGACUUCCUGUCUGCAGUCGGAGCAGACCUGCCCCGACCAAAGCGGUGUUUUCCGCGCCGCUGGCGACGAACUUUGGAGAGUGUGGUGCGAUCAGAAGAGCGAAAGGGGCAGCGAGAUUUCAGUCGUCUCCGCUACCUCUAAUCAUGACUGCCUGGACAAGUGCGACCAAGUCAAGGUGUGUUCCAGUGGUGAUUAUGAAAUUGCUACGGGGCGCUGCAGGCUCGUGGAGGGUGGUGUCAAAGUCAUCGGUCCCUUCUAUGACGGGUUCCGUGUGCCUGCACCGGGGUUCAUUGCUUUCAACCAUGUUGGCCGACUGGAUAAUCGUUAA